CCACAAGAAAAUGUUUGUAAGGUGGAGGAGGACGGGGUUUUCAGUGACCAGCACCUGGAUAACCUGGAGAGGAGCUGCAGCCCGGACCAGGAGGAACCAGGGCAUCCACAGACUACAGAACUGGAGGAAGACUCCAGCGGUCAGGAGAUGAAGCACGAGGACGUAGAGGUGGAUGUCUCAUUGGUCAAUCUCGCUGAUGUGAAAGUUGAAAAUGGUGAACCAGGACCAAACUGUGGCCAGCUGCUGUUGCACACUUCUCCUGAAGCUGAAAACAAAGAUGAGGAAGGGACUGAAAGUUUACGCUCAGACUCCAGUAAAACUGCAGAUCCGGAGGCAAUGAGACGACACGGUGACCACGAAGAUGCUGCUGUCCCGUCAGACAGCAACUGUAAAUCAAAGCUGACCAAGACCCACGCGGGGAAGAAGGCGUUUUCUUGCAGCACUUGCAGGAAAGAGUUCAGUAAAAGUCGUAAUUUAAUGAAUCACAUGAAGAUCCACACUGGCGAAAGGCCGUACCUAUGCAAAACCUGCGGAAAAUCGUUUACUGAAUCAUCUGAUCUUAACCGGCACAUAACCACGCACACGGGCGAGAAGCCCUACAUCUGCAAAACUUGUGGAAAAAGUUACAGUCAACCUUCCAACCUGGUGAUUCACUCGAGGAUCCACACAGGCGAGAAGCCGUACUUGUGCAACACCUGCGGAAAAACCUUUACUAGAUCAUCAGUUCUUAAACGCCACAUAACCAUGCACACGGGCAAGAAGCCCUACAUCUGCAAAACUUGUGGAAAAAGUUACACAGAACAUUCCAACCUGGUGAUUCACUCGAGGACCCACACAGGCAAAAAGCCAUACAUGUGCAACACCUGCAGCAAAACCUUUACUAUUUUAUCGGAUCUUAAACGCCACAUAACCACGCACACGGGCGAGAAGCCCUACAGUUGCAAAACAUGUGGAAAGAGUUACAGGCUACGUUCCUACCUGGUGGAUCACUCGAGGACCCACACCGGUGAAAGGCCGUUCGUGUGCAACACCUGCGGAAAAACCUUUACUAAAUCAUCAAACCUUAAAAGCCACAUAACCACGCACACGGGCGAGAAGCCCUACAUCUGCAAAACAUGUGGAAAAAGUUACAGGCUACGUUCCCACCUGGUGGAUCACUCGAGGAUCCACACCGGCGAAAGGCCAUACCUGGGCAACACCUGCAACAAAACCUUUGCUGUAUCAUCACAUCUUAAACGGCACAUAACCACGCACACGGGCGAGCAGCGAUAUUUGUGCAAGACACAGAAUUGAUUUGCUGAGUCACAUGAGAAAUCACCCGGAGGAGAAGUCUGGUGACUCGUGACAAAGGAUGCUCAUGUUGUCGUCCUCCGGGGGCAGGUGUCCACUCCUGUCUGACCCACAGAAGAAGAACCCGCAGAAGUCCAACCACCACCUCCUGUGGCUGAUGAGCCUAAUCCCCUCCCCACAAGGGUUGCAGGUUCAACCCAGAUUUAUGCUUCUCCGUCAACUUGACGCAGAGGGAACAAUGUGGUUGUGUACACUUUUUAAAGUUCUGCAUUGAGGUUGUUUGAAUCCCUGUUCCUUCUUAAAAUCGUAUUAUUUGUUGCUGUUGGUAACUUGCCGUCUC